AUGUUGUCUUCUCCGGCUCCAUCGUUGUUUUCUUCGGCUCCGGCGGUGACCCUGAUGUUGACUCAGGUAGAGUCGAACACCAAUCGUCGACUCAACACAUCCACAAAACCACCAACUCUUCCCAAAACACGAAAACGCACCAACCCAUCUCCGCCACCGGAUGUGGAUUUAAUGGGGCUAUGCAAAAAUGGGUCGGUUAAAGAAACGAUUGAGUUAAUGUCUCAAGGUGUGCCCGUAGGAUCCGAUGUUUUUGAGCUUGUUUUGGAUUCGUGUGACGAUCUUGAAUUGGGGAAGAAGGUUCAACAGCUUCUUAUUCGAUCUCCCUACUACGCAUGUGCCAGUAUUAAUUCAAUUCAAGAAUGCUUCAAACACUUCAAAUCAAUAAAGAACGACUACAAUCUAGAUCCAGAAAUUGAUCAUUAUUUAGGGGUUAUUGAUGUUUUGGGGAAAUCUGGGCAUCUAAACGAAGCUUUUGAGUUCAUCGAAAACAUUCCUUUUGAACCUACAUGUGAAAUAUGGGAAUCACUGAUGAAUUCUGCUCAAAUCCAUGGUGAUAUCGAGCUCGAAGAUCGAGCCAUGACAUUUCUUCAACCAUCAAUCACAUUACACAAACUUCCUUUACUUAAUCAAUCUGUAAGUAAUAUGCUUAAAGGGAAGAAGAACAAAGUCUAUGAAUACCGAAAUCUAGAGCAAUAA